AGCUCUGUCCCUCUGCCGCCCCCUCGCCCCGCCAUGGCCUCGGGAGACACCCUGUACAUCGCCACCGACGGCUCGGAGAUGCCGGCCGAGAUCGUGGAGCUGCACGAGAUCGAGGUGGAGACCAUCCCGGUGGAGACCAUCGAGACCACCGUAGUGGGCGGCGAGGAGGACGAGGAGGAGGAGGACGAGGACGAGUGCUGCGAGGACUGCGGCCCGCACCACCCGCCGCACCAUUACCACCACCACCAGCCCAUGAUCGCCCUGCAGCCCCUCGUCUCCGACGGAGACCCCAGCGGGGCGGGCGGCGGCGCGGCCGGCGGCGGCGGGGGGCAGCUCCACCUGCACCACCACCACCAGGAGGUGAUCCUGGUGCAGACCCGCGAGGAGGUGGUGGGGGGAGACGACUCGGACGGGCUGCGGGCCGACGACGGCUUCGAGGACCAGAUUCUCAUCCCGGUGCCGGCCCCCGCCGGCGAGGACGAGUACAUCGAGCAGACCCUGGUAACCGUGGCCGCGGCCGGCAGCAAGAGCGGAGGCGGCGGCUCCUCCUCGGCCGGGGGGGGAGGCCGCGUGAAGAAGGGCGGCAGCGGCAAGAAGAGCAGCAAGAAGAGUUACCUGAGCGGGGGAGGCGGCGGCGGGGCCGAGGGCGGCGGCGGCAGGAAAUGGGAGCAGAAGCAGGUGCAGAUCAAGACCCUGGAGGGGGAGUUCUCGGUCACCAUGUGGGCCUCAGAUGAUAAAAAAGAUAUUGACCAUGAAACAGUGGUGGAAGAGCAGAUCAUUGGAGAAAAUUCUCCUCCAGAUUACUCAGAGUACAUGACAGGAAAGAAGCUUCCUCCUGGUGGAAUACCUGGCAUUGACCUCUCAGACCCUAAGCAACUGGCUGAAUUUGCUAGAAUGAAGCCAAGAAAAAUUAAGGAAGAUGAUGCUCCACGUACGAUAGCUUGUCCUCACAAAGGCUGCACAAAGAUGUUCAGGGACAACUCUGCCAUGAGGAAGCAUCUGCACACUCAUGGUCCUCGAGUACAUGUAUGUGCAGAAUGUGGCAAGGCCUUUGUGGAGAGCUCGAAACUAAAGCGACAUCAACUAGUUCAUACUGGAGAGAAACCCUUUCAGUGUACAUUUGAAGGAUGUGGAAAGCGUUUUUCACUGGACUUCAAUUUACGCACACAUGUGCGAAUUCAUACUGGCGACAGGCCCUAUGUUUGCCCAUUUGAUGGCUGCAAUAAGAAGUUUGCGCAAUCAACUAACCUGAAAUCUCACAUUUUAACACACGCUAAGGCCAAAAACAACCAGUGAAAGUUGGAGGAAAAGUUCUUGAACUCAAACCAUCUUACAGGAGAAUGAAUUGAAAAUAAAUACGCUUCCCCUUUGUAUAUUGUUUCUAGGAAAGAAUUUUAAAAAAAAGAACCCUACAAACCUAAAGGACAUGUUUUGAUAAGUAGUAAAUAAAAAGCAAAAAACUUUCAGGUGACAUUGCUGAGAUGCUCUACCUUGCUCUGUAAGCCCGUUUCAAGAACACGGUGUUUUGUAAAGUGUGGCCCUGACCAGAGGGGUCAGCUCGUGAACUUGCAUCAAAAAAGACGACUCUUUAUACAACAGUGCUAAAAUGGGACUACUUUUCACAUUCUUAUAAAUACGAAGCUCACCUGUUGCUUACAAUUUUUUUAAUUUUGUAUUCCAAGUGUGCAUAUUGUACACUUUUUGGGGAUAUGCGUAGUAAUGCUAUGUGUGAUUUUCUGGAGGUUGAUAACUUGCUUGCGGUAGAUUUUCUUUAAAAGAAUGGGCAGUUACAUGCAUACUUCAAAAGUAUUUUCCUGUAAAGAAAAAAGUUAUAUAGGUUUUGUUUGCUAUCUUAAUUUUGGUUGUAUUCUUUGAUGUUAACACAUUUUGUAUAAUUGUAUCGUAUAGCUGUAAUGAAAUCAUGUAGUAUCAAAUAUUAGAUGUGAUUUAAUAGUGUUAAUCAAUUUAAACCCAUUUUAGUCACUUUUUUUGGAGAAAUACUGCCAGAUGCUGGUGUUCAGUGUAAUUUCUUUGCCUGUUCAGUUACAGAAAGUGGUGCUCAGUUGUAGAAUGUAUUGUACAGGCACUGACCUUUUAUUAACACCUGAUAAUAUGUACAUCCCAUGUAAUAGAAAGGGCAACAAUAAAACAGUCGUCCUAAAGAAAGAAUAUGGCAGAAAAUGAUCUGUAAGAACAGUCUAUUUCUUUUGUCCAGAGCAAUCCUAGUUCCUCUUGAUCUCCCCCAAAUUGGAAGCUAAAUAAACUCAAGUUUCCUUACUUUGCAUUCAAUUACAAUGAUUUGUGAUGAAAUUAUAUAAUGCCGCAUCAAGUGGUAUACAUAAAUAGAAUUGAUGACUAUAAUUCUGUUUUUGAGUGACCUAGACUUCCAUUAACUGGAACGGUGGAUUUGGAGACUCCUCAGUGCAGUGAGAUUUCAGUGUACCUGGAAAGCAAGUAGGUGAAACAAUGCAGUAAAUAGCUAAAUGGGCAUGUGCUUAGCGGAGGUAAGGAAUCUUGGAAGUUUAAAUGCAAUAGGACAUGGGAGAACUAUAGGGUUUGGUCACAGCAGAAAAAAGGAAGCUGUCGUCUUCUUUUGGUUAUCUUGUUUGACUGUAUUUUUCUUCAAACCUCCUUGGGCGCCUUUUACUUUAGAACAAGGACUCAUAGUUCUCAAAGAACUUUAUGGAUUUUGGAAGGUCUGGCUAAAAGUGGUUACUACUCGUUUGUUCAAGUGUUCAAAAUAAGAAAAUUGCAGAUAAUAUAGUAAAAAUAUGACAGACUAAUAAACAUAAGAGUACACAUAAA